AUGCACGUGGCUGAUCCCGGAAGCGGCGCUGUGGGAUACGCGCGCGCUGCGUCUCUAAGGCGGCGUGAGGGAGCCGUGAUAGCGGCGGGGGGCAUGGCCGGGGGGGAGGGAGGCGGCGGGGCUGCGGGAACGGGGCUGCGGCCGCGGAAGGGAACGCCGGCACGGCCGCGGUUGCAGGAGGCGGCGCCGUCCAGCCGCUCUGGAGCGCCGCGGUGGGGAAGGCGCGGCUCCGCCCCUCCAUGCAGCGGCGGCGGCGGCAGGAGCGGGGAAGCGACCACGGGCGGCGGCGGCGGUGGCGGCGGCGGCGGCGGAGCGGCCCCGUCAGCGGGAGAUGAUCCCGGGGGGGGUGGCGGAAAGCGGGAGGGGCUGCGGGGCGGCCACGGCGAGCUGUGCCGGGCCGGUCGGGCAGCUGGAGCGCGGCGGGCGGCCGCUGGGAGCUGGGGCGGCUGCUGGCCCGGCGGGCAGGGGCGGCGGCACCGGAGAGGCUGGGCUGGAGCCACCGGUGCUGUGCCGGGAGCGGGGGAUGGCGGCGAAACGCCGGCAGUGAACCGUGAGCGUCUGCCCGGCCCGUGGGCAGCUCAGAACGCCGGGGUUGGGGGGCGGCACCGCGCACAGGGGGCGCUGGGGGCACGGCGUGGCUGUGCCAGGCGCGCUCAGCGCCGCAGAACCGGGAGCCGCAGGGAACCGCAAAGACGCAGCAGCGACGGCACCGGGGCCAGCACCGGCCCCGCUGGGUCGGCGGGGGGGGGGGGGGGGGGGGUGAGGAGGAAUGGCCGCACUCGCGGGGAACGGGGGAGAAGCGGCGGUGGCGGGAGGGGGCGGGGCCGCGGGUACCGGAGCGGUGCGGUCCCAAGGGGAGGCGGGGGCGGGUCCCGCUGUGGACUCACGGCGGCGGCGAGGGGCGGAGCUCGGCGGGGCGGCGGCUGCGGGCAGCGCCCGUGCAGCAAACGGGGCUCGAGUAGCGCCGGAGGGCUGGGAGCAGCCCCGCGGCAGCCACGGCCCGGCGGGGGAGGCCAUAAAAGUGCUUUAAACACCUGUGUGCAAAGGCUCUGCUGA